AUGUUACGACAAAUCAAGCCCAAGAAUGCGCGUUCAAAACGAGCCCUCGCAAAACAGGAGCCUCUCAUGCAAGAAAAUGCCAAAACUACCCUUUUCCUUAAAGGAACAAGCUCUUCGUCAUUAGUCAACGAUCUUCUCACGGAUAUUCACUCCCUGAAACGACCUUAUGCGAUCCGGUUCACCAAGAAGAAUCCGAUCCAUCCGUUCGAGGAUGCCUCGAGUCUUGAAUUCUUCUCGCAAAAGAAUGACGCCUCACUCAUGGUCUUUGGAAGUCACAGCAAGAAAAGACCGCACUCUAUGACUUGGGUCCGAUGUUUUGGUGGGCAGAUGCUUGACAUGCUGGAAUUGUAUGUGGUGCAGGAGACGGCGAGGACCUUGCAGCAGUUCAAGGGGGAGAAGUGCAAAGUUGGGGUGAAGCCGCUGCUGAGUUUUUCGGGGGCACAAUUCGAAAGCCCGGUAUCGAAUCAGUACACGUUGGCGAAGAGUAUGUUUGUGGACUUCUUUCGGGGUGCGGAGACACAAACAAUUGAUGUAGAGGGCUUGCAACUACUAAUCAGCUUCUUCGUGGGCGAGGACGGUGAAGAUGGUCAGCCAGCGAAGAUACAGAUGAGAUGUUGGAGGAUCGUUACAAAGAGGAGCGGGCAGAAAGUUCCGAGGGUAGAGGUUGAGGAGAUAGGGCCGAGGAUCGAUUUUCGAGUGGGAAGGACGAGGGAGGCCAAUGAAGGAGUAUUGAAAGAGGCAAUGAAGACAGGGAAGGGAUCCGAGGCCAAGCCAAAGAAGAAUGUUGAGACCGACGUUGUGGGUGAUAAAAUUGGGCAGAUACAUCUUGGCAGACAAGACUUGAAUGAGCUGCAGACUCGGAAGAUGAAGGGCCUGAAGCGGGGCAGGGACCUGGAUAUAGAUGAAGAAGGAGAAGGCGAAGGAGAAGGAGCAGAAGAGGACGAAGAUGUGAUCAGUGAAGAGGAAGAUGAUAUGGGAAAUGGCGUUAAAUUGAAAAGACCAAGGUUGACCUAA